AUGGAGUUUCCGAUAGUAGUCUUAGGAAGUGCAUCGGUUGGCAAAACAUCGUUAAUUUCGCAAUACAAAUGGAAUAAUCUACCUAAAUAUGAAGACCCAACGACGGAGAUUACAUUUUGGUUAAAAAAUAAACAAAUUUUGUCCCCGAAAGACAAACUAAAAAUAUGGGAUACGCCAGGUCGCAGGCGAUUUCAACAUGUAGUACGCAACAUUUUACCAGAGAGUAGAGGUGCUUUGGUGGUUUAUGACAUCCACGAUCGGGAUAGCUAUAGAGAUGCAAGAGAUUGGGUUGCGGAACUCAAAGCUUUGAAGAGAUCGGAGAAGUUUAUAAUAGUUUUAGUGGGCAAUAAAUCGGAUAUAGCUGAAGGUCGUGAGGUAUCCACCACUGAGGCCAAGGAAUAUGCCAAGCGACACGAGUUAAUAUUUAAGGAAGCUUCUGCAGUGACAAAAUGUAAUGUUGAAGCUUGUUUUAAUGCGCUUAUACAAGCUAGUAUCGAUGAAAAUUAAGGCCAUGCUAGGAAUUUAAUGGAAAUAAAUACAUUUAGGUUUUUACUAUACCAUUUAAAUUGUCCUUUCGGUCCUUUAUUUAUCUAUUUAAUAUUUUAAUGGCUUGACAAAUGUUUAUAAUUUAUAAUCAAUGGUCUAUAAAAUGUACCCCUGUUAGUCAUUUGUAAAAAUAAAUAAACAAAUAAAUAUGAAUUUUCAAUCAGAACGUUUGGUUGAUGAGACUGCACAGUAUUGGAUUGCAUUUCAAUUUCUGAGAAUUUGUGAAAAAUUAUAGUAAAGUGCCCGAUGGGUUGGCAUAUUUCAGUCUUCAGUGAGAGCUCCUCAUCAGUAAAACGAUCGGAAAUGGGGUUUAGAGUAAUGCUCCUGGGAAAUUCCCUUGUUCCUGUGUCAGUGAAUUAUGUGUGGGAUGAUAUUUGUAAAGACGAAAAACCUAAAAAGCAAACACGUUUAUCUCUAGAUUUAUUGUGGUGUGGUCAGAUGCGGUGAGUACACUUGAUUCCCUAUUGAUUUCAAACUAACUUGAAGAAAUCGUAUAUUGUUUAAAUCCCAAUUAUAACAUAAUAAUAGUAUUUGUUGUAUUAUUUAUUUGAUUUAGUUUCAAGGAUGUUGAUCGUGUUUAUUUUUCCGACUGUCGUAUGGCCAUGCUGGUAUUUGAAACUAAGGAUCGAGUGGGAUAUGAGCAUAUCAAGGAAUGGGUCGUUAAAAUUAAAACUUUGGUAAAAACUUCAGUUUAUGGCUAUUGCAUUUUAAUCUUUAAACAUGAUUUUUCAGUAUCCGAAAAUUUUUAUUUUAUUCACGGGUAAUAAAGCUUCUGAAACUGGAUAUCGAGCUGUAACUGCAGAUGAGGCCAAGGAAUUCGCUAAAUUAUACAAUAUGUAUUAUAGGGAAACAUCGGAUUUUACAAAGACAUUCGAACGACGCCAGCGCAACUUUGUCUUAUGAAAAGGGUAAAAGAAAGUCCACUAAGUCGUUUUAAAAGCUGAAAUUUGGUGCAUCAACAGAUUUAAAAAAAUUGUUAAAUUUUCGUAGUUAUUCUAUAAAAUCUCAAACAAAAUCUGUAGCUUAAAGUAUUCCAAAUAAAACACUAGCAAUCCUUUAA